CAUAUUAGUCUAUAAAUCUUUAUCGUUCCCAAAGACUUCCCUGUGAAGUCAUCGACAAGCUCGUUUGAAUCCUCUUCUUUGGGUGCAAAGACGCAGAGGUCGCACAAGUUUACGUACAUGGAAGCUGCGGGAGAGAGCCUGAGAGACACCGAGCUGAGGCUCGGAUUGCCAGGCACCGACGCUCCUGAGAAGCCGGCGUCGACGGUGACAAGGGGCGGCAAGCGAGCCCUCCCGGAGGACGACGAGGAGGGUUACGCCAAGAGCAACAAGUCGUCGUCGGAGGAGGAGCAGGGGGAGGGCGACCUGUGCUGCCAAGAACCCCCGGCGGCGAAGGCGCAGGUGGUUGGCUGGCCGCCCAUCCGGUCGUACAGGAAGAACAGCCUUCACGCUAGGAAGGUGGAGGGGGAGGCCGCCGGCUUGUACGUGAAGGUUAGCAUGGACGGGGCUCCCUACUUGAGGAAGAUCGAUCUCAAGGUCUACAAGGGUUACAAAGAGCUCAGAGAAGCCUUAGACGACAUGUUCAAGUGCUUCUCUCUAGGAGAAUUUCCAAGGAAAGAAGGGUGCAGUGGAUCAGAAUACGCCAUCACUUAUGAGGACAAAGAUGGAGACUUGAUGUUGGUCGGAGAUGUUCCAUGGGACAUGUUCAUCUCUUCUUGCAGAAGACUGAGGAUAAUGAAGGGAUCUGAAGCCAGAGGAUUAGGAUCGAGACAUUAACAACACAUCAUCUCAUAAGAAUGAGCUCUUUUUUGCUUGGAUUGUUCCAAGUUCAUGAGACUGCCCAAAGAAGGAAGAAGUGAGAGAAUGUCUGGAAAUAAUGGAUAUCUGCCAAAUGGAUGAUAAUAUACUUGUUCUCCAUGCAAUUGUACAGAAGAAGUUUGCUUGCUUUUAGUUUCAUGUCGAGAGAAGAUUGUGUUUUCAAGUUGUUGUUAGCAAUCAAAGGCUUGUUGUUUAUGAAUUCCUAUAUUAUGUAUAAUAACCUGAAACUGAGGAAAAGAAAAAGGAAAAUUCGCCUUUC